GGGAGUGGUGGGGAGCUUGUUGUUGCUUGCUGUUUGUCGGAAAAGUUCAAAAGUAUAAGACUGGCAAGAACAGCGCCUCAACAGAACAAUCUCUCAUUGUCAUGUUCAUUUGCCAAGCUAACCAUGUCAACAGCAACCUUGUAACGAUCAAAAAGCCACUCGGCCGCAAUCAUAGGCGAUGCAGCGGUAAGGGCUGCGGCCUGCAAGUCCGUAUGACGCACACCUGCAUCUUCUCGUCUGUGCAUGACCUUCAUUUCUCCACCUUCCUGAUUGAUCAUUUUCCAUGUCUCCAGCUCCUUCUGCUGCACCGCUGCAGCGUGACCUGCAAAAUACCAGCAUGCAUAGAGUACUGGUCAGAACAUCUCCGUGUCUGCCUUCUGACCGAGUACAUGAGUUGCAUCUUAGAGCACGCCUUCUGCCCGGAUUACAGUGUAAACGCCUACGUGGAUAUACUCGUCAAACGUCCGUCAUGUGGUUGGGGUGAUCAUUACUCUAUUGAAAUGUCUUGCUAUCUAAAUUCGUUUAUCCUUGACCCAAACACCUGCUUCUAGUCCUCACACUCCCACUCGUCGCCAUCGUCUUCGCCAGGGGUGCCAUUGUACAUUGCAGCAAUUCCCAGUGACGCCUUGCCUCCAACUUCCGAGAACACGACAAACUGUGACUUCAAGAAAAUGUC